AUGCGGGACUCCGACUCCCUCCCCCCUCCCUCCCCCACCGAAUCCCAGCACGAGGAGACAGACGACAAGAAAUGGAGCACCAAAUCCCUCAUCCGGCAUGCCGAGCGCUCGCACAGCCGGCUUCCUGGAAUUCGCAAGGUGCCUAUUCGCUCCAUUGGAGUGAUUUUGCUCGUUGCGCUGGUUAAUGUGGUGGUUUGGGUUGCUGUUGCCAUUGUCUUGAGAUAUCAUUCUUCCCUCGUCUCCAAUGCCGUCCUCGCAUACACACUCGGUCUCCGACAUGCAUUUGAUGCAGAUCACAUCUCUGCCAUCGACCUAAUGACCCGACGCCUCCUGGCAACAGGCCAAAAGCCCGUAACAGUCGGCACAUUCUUCUCGCUCGGCCACUCGACAAUAGUCAUCAUCACGUCAAUCGUCGUAGCAGCCACCGCCGCCGCGGUCUCCUCGCGCUUCGACAAAUUCAGUACCGUCGGUGGAAUUAUCGGCACCUCCGUCAGUGCUGCGUUCCUCAUUCUCCUGGGAAUCAUGAACGCGUAUAUCCUGUACAAGCUGUAUAAGCAGUUGCAGAAGGUGCUGGAUCUGCCCGAGGGCCAGGAGGAUGAGGCGUGGAAGAUUGAAGGGGGUGGGAUCCUCUUUGGGGUUUUGAAGAGGAUGUUUCGGUUGAUUGAUCGACCCUGGAAGAUGUACCCGCUAGGCAUCUUAUUCGGUCUUGGAUUCGACACCUCGUCGGAGAUUGCGCUUCUGGGGAUCUCAUCUAUCGAGGCGGCCAAGGGGACUUCGUUCUGGGUUAUUCUCAUCUUCCCUAUCCUCUUUACAGCGGGGAUGUGCCUCCUCGACACAACCGACGGCGCUCUAAUGCUCGCGCUCUACAUCCAACCAGCCACAAACUUCCUCCCGCCCAAACGCAUCAGCACAAGCACAACCUCCGAAUCUCCGCUCAUCACCGACACAAACACAACCACAGACACCUCCCUAAUGGACCCCAACGACCCCAUAACCCCCUCCCAAAACCACCGCGACCCCGUCGCCUUCCUGUACUACUCGAUCGUCCUCACAACGCUAACUGUAAUCGUCGCCAUAAUUAUCGGCAUAAUCCAGCUACUCACACUCAUCCUAAACGUCGCCGAGCCAACAGGCCGCUUCUGGGACGGCGUGCAGACUGCGGGCGACUACUAUGAUGUUAUUGGCGGGGGCAUCUGUGGCGCGUUCCUCGUCUUUGGGACGAUUAGUGUUUUUGUUUAUGGGCCUUGGAGAAGGUGGAUUGGGAGGAGGCAUGGGAAGGGGGUUGUGAGUGGGGGAAGCGAUGAGGAGCGGGAGGGGUCUAGGGAUGAGACUGCAGUUUCUGUGCCUAGGGCUGAUACGCCGUUGAAUGAGGGCGCUGUUGUGAGCUAUGGGACUGUGAGGCCGAAGGGGGAUACCCGGUGA